UUUUUUUUUUCCUUCUUCUUCCUCCUGAUUCUUCAUCAGUCUACUUGAUUCUUUAAACACUUUUUUUUUUUUUACAACAUGGCCAAAGGACAAAGAGGAAGAGGUCGUGGACGUGGUAGUCGUGGCGGACGUGGCAGUCGUGGUGGACGUGGUGGUGGUGGUCGAGGACGGAAUCGUACUUUAUAUCCUUCUAGUUAUGGUUACGUUUAUGAACUUGGUGAACAAGACACUUUGAUUGAUGACGAUUUUCGACUUUUUGGACAAUUCGAUGAUGAUACUACGGAUACCGAUGAUGAUUUUCAAUCCAAACGUAAAAAAAAAAAAAAAAAAAAAGAAAAACUAAUGUCAUUUGGACUUCUUUUUGACAAGCGAAUCAAUGUAUACUGAUAAUUAUCUUUGAAUGGUGAAAACUUGUAUCGAUAGAUUCUCAAAGAAAAGCCAAGAUCAAGAAAAUGCAAUACAAUAAGAACAAUGGUGAUUUGGACACUUAUCAGCAAACUAUCAGUGAUAAUAAAACAACCAAGAAGAAGAAGAAUGGUCGAAAGGCAACAGGGGAAUAUCUUUCUAUUACUGACACUUCCACUCAUUUUGUUCGAUCAACAUAUGACAGUACAACCAAGGAAUAUACAAACAGUAGCGAUGAUGAAAGAGAUGUUGAUCUCAAUAAUCUUCAUUUGGAUAUCGGGAAUCUGGAUAUUGAUGAUGAUUUAUUGGACCAAUUAUUACCUGAAUCUUGUGAACCCAAGAAAACAAAAGAACAAUCGCAACAGCAACAACAAUCGCAACAGCAACAAGAAGAAGAACGGUACCAUCCAGUCAAAACGCAUGAACAGGACAGUAGCGACGAACAAGAAGAUGAUGAUGAUGAUGACGAAGAUGAUGAUAUACUUGAGGGAGACGAUAUGGCAGUGAUGCGGGAUUAUAUAGAAAAUAUCAACUUGACGGAUCAAGAUAUUUUACGCAUUUUGGAUCAAGAUGAUGACCAUUUGGAUGUAGAUGAAUUUUUGAAAAAUAUGGAUCAAGAUGAAUUGGAUCACUUGGAUCAGGUUCUGCUACAACACUAUGGUGACUUGAAUGAACUUGAAGAAGAAGAAGAAGAGAGUAACGACGACGAUGACGAUGAUGAUGAUGAUGAUGAUGAUGAUAUCUUGGCUUAUGAACAACAAUAUUUGAUCAACCAUGGAUUGGAUGAUGUGGAUGAAAUUUCACCAGAUAUGUUCAGAAUCUCUUUGGAAAAUGCUUUGGCGGAUGUACCUCCUGGUCUUAAACCUGGCAUACGAAAUUGGAUCUCUCAUGACAAAAAAGAAGCCAAGAAACAGAAACGGUUAGAAAAAAAGGAACGCAGAAAACAAGCAAAGGCGAAAAAGAUGGCCAACAAAGAUAGGGGUAUGAAAGAUGAUACUUCGGUGACAUCUAUAGAACUUUUGAAGAUUGAUAGUCGUAUACGUGAUUUUAUCAAUGAUGACCAAUUGAAUAGUUUUCAAUUUGCUCCCAUGGGUAAGAGUAGUCGUCGACAACUCCAUUUACUUGCAACUGCAUAUAAUCUCAAAUCACAAAGUGUUGGUACAGGCAAAUCAAGAACACCUAUUAUUACCAAGACGGACCGAACAUAUAUACCACAAGAUCGACGAUACAUUGAUCGAUUUAUUGAAGAAGCCCAAUCCACACUCAAUGCACAAAGUAGUGUUUUACGGAAACAUCGCAUGGAAACCAAUUCAUCCAAUCGCAACAAGGGCAAAAAGAAGGGUGGGAAAGAUCAACAGCAUGGCCAAGGAUCUACUAAAUCAAGACAAAAAGCAACAGGUGAACUUGGUGUUUCUGCACAUGGAACUGUAGUGGCCUCCAAUGCUGCUCCUAUCACUGAAUCUAAUGUUGGUCAUCGUAUGCUAGCUGCUAUGGGGUAAGUCGUAUCUUUAACAUCUUUUUUUUUUUUCAAUUGCUC